AUGCAUAAAAGGAAACUUAAAAUUAACACAUUAACACAAAAUAUAAAAACUCCUGAAAACAUACCAAGAGUGAAAGAUUAUCAAAACAAUCAAAAUGAAUCAAGUGAUUAUUUUCAAUUACCAAGUUUACAAAAGAAGAAAACUUGGAAAGAUGUUGAUGACAAUUUAUCAACUUGGGAUCGAAAUAGUCCUACGGCAGAUGUAUUCUGUUCAUCAGAGAUUGAAAAUAUUACAACAAGAAAAGUUAUGCAACAGUGGGAAGCUAUUGAAAAUACACUGUAUGAAGAUGGUGAACAAGUAACACAAACAGCUAUUUUGGAAGAAUGUGUACAAUGGAGAAUGCAAAUACCUCAUUUAAGAAUAAUUGGAAAAAAUCCAUUUCUCACAUCUAGAACUAAUUAUCAAGAUUUGAAUAUAAAUCAUAAUCAGAUAAGAAGUAGUUCCAGUUCUCAUAACGAAGAUGAAUUUCCAGAAUAUAGUGUUUCAGUAAAGGAAAGAAAAAAUUCAUCCAAACAUAAAUUAGAAAAAACUCCACAGGAUGAAAUAUUUGAUAUGCUUUAUGAAUAUGUAAUAUCUGAGCUGUUUCCAAAUAAAGAAAAUGAAAUUGAUUCAUUACGUGAUGAUUUUAAUGAUGUUUUACAAAUACGUAUGGCACCUAUUCACAGUAAUAAAAGUUCUGCAAAAAGUACAAAGGUAAAUUGGUUUGAAGAAACAAUUCCUCUUGAAAGUAGACUUUCAAAUAAUAGUGGUAAAGCAGUAGAAGAUCAUAUUUUACCAAUGAGAAGAGAAAUUAUUCAAACAUACUCUCAAGAAGUUCAGAAAAAACAUGAUAAUUCUAUGAGUAAUGAAAAAAUAAAAAAUGAGAAGCAUGAGUCUAACAUAGAAGAUAAGUUUUUUAGGCCACACACUAGUAGAAAUAAACUUGGAACUGUUUUUAAUGAAAAGAUUGUAGUUAGUCCUGUACCUUAUGUUUUGUCAACCAGGGAAAGUUUUUCUACUGUAAAAACUACUCCAAUUAAGUUUAUGGCACAGUCUUUAGAAGUGCCUAUCUUUCAAGGCUCAAGUAAACACAGUAAUUAUUUUAAAAAUUCGGGAAGAAGUUCAGCUUCAGUAAAAAUUUCAAAUUAUCAAUCCGCUUGGCAUGCUCCUGUUUCUCCUGCUGUGUGGCCAAAAAAUAUAAAACUUGCUCCAUUAGACACAUCACGAUUUCCGAGCAGCAAAAAUAGAUCUCUAACUUCAUCAUCAGUAGUAUUACCUCGUAACAGAAAACCUUUAAGUCCUAUUUCUCGGCCCAUUUUGCUUACUUCUCAACAAACUAUUUAUAACAAUCAUGAAGGUUUAGAAAUUCAAGGAAGACAUAUAACUCCUGUACAAUCACCUAAGUUAAAUGAAAAUACUAGAAGUAGUAAAAAUAGAAAGAAGAAGAGUCAACUGAAAACAAAGCUACAAUGA